AUGACCACCCGACGUAUGCCCCGCCUCUCCCCUGCGGUGUCCAUACGAAUAUUCGUACCUGAUAUUUGCCGUUGUGCCCAGCGUGGCUACAAGCUGACAGCAAACUUUGGCCAGAAUGUCCUUGUGGUUUGCUACCAUUUCGACGAUGUGACGCAUUUUCUUUCAUUUGUUCAUGGUUACGAAAUCAUUUGUUUUUGUUUGGAUGUGUUGGCCGAAGUUCUUUCUUUUCCUCACACUUUUUCUUACUUUUUCUUUCGCUUUUUCUCUUAUUUUUCUUUCUCUCUUUCUUUUCUCUUUCUUUCUUUUUUCCUUCUUUAUUUCUUCCGCCUUUCACUUCCAUUUUUUCAUUCUUUCUGCUCUUUCUUUUGCACUCUCUCGCAUUAUCUCUCCUUCUUUCUUUCUCUCGCUUUUUUUUUAUUUUUCUCUCUUUCUUUCUCUCUCUUUGUUUCUUACUUUCAUAUUUAUUUAUUUCUCUCAGCUUUUUGUUUCUUUCUACUUUCUUUUCCUUCUCUCCACUUUUUCUUUCUUUCUUUCAGCUUUACUUACCAUUUACUUUUUUUUAAUAUUUUUCUCUUGUUAUUUUUCAUUCUUCAUUUAACAUACUGUUUUUUUUUCUUUUACUCUUCAUUCAUACUUUCUUUCGUCAUUUCUAUUCUUCCUUUCCCUCUUUUUUCUACUCAUUCUUCAUCAUCAUCUUCCAUUUUCCUGUUAUUCUUACUAUGUCUCAUUCGUUAUUUAUUCAAUAUUAUUUUGGUAUUGUUUGUCAGUUUAUUCUAUGGUUUCGUCUUUUGUCUUUUGUUUUCUUCUCUCCUGCUUGCAUUGGUUUUUUUAUUCUUUCUUUUCACUGUUUUCUCUUUAAUUUCUCUGUUUACACCCCCCCUUCCACAACUUGACUUCCAAUCUUUUUAA